AUGAGGCUCCUUAGGGAAAGGAAAUUCACCUGCUCUGACGAGGUAUAUUGCAUCGAUAGUAAAGACUCUACGAGAUACGCGGAUAUCAUCGCAUUUUUCAAUACAGGAAGGACAGCGCUGAUCUUGGAUCCAACUGAUUUGAGAGCAAUGACCUCGAUCAAGCUAAGAAAUUCCGUGAGACCUUCGGAGAGAGAGAGAGAGUUCACCGUGAGAGGCCUCUGGUUUGGGUCUCGCGGAACUAUCCCAAAAAGAACAAGGAAAUUCCUCGAGGAACUAGGUGUCGACAUUAAGGACGUAGCGAGGUUGGCUGAAAAUACAGUCCUCGACUCCCUGGGAAUCAUUCACCCCCACGUGCAUGGCUAG